GUCCGCAAACGGACUUCCUUCCUCCAGGACCAGUUCACCUGCCCCGACGAAUAUGAAGACCCAGGGGUCCUCUAUGAGGCCAUCCAGUCCUUUGAGAAGAAAGUAGUGAUCUGCCACGAGGGUGACCCGGCCUGGAGGGGCGCUGUGCUAUCCAACAAGGAGGAGCUGCUCACCCUGCGGCACGUGGUAGACGAGGGCACAGACGAGUACAAGGUCAUCAUGCUCCACAGGAGCUUCCUGAGCUUCAAGGUUAUCAAGGUUAACAAAGAAUGUGUCCGUGGCCUCUGGGCCGGCCAGCAGCAAGAGCUCAUAUUCCUUCGCAACCGCAACCCAGAGCGUGGAAGCAUCCAGAACAACAAGCAGGUCCUCCGAAACUUGAUUAAUUCCUCCUGUGACCAGCCUCUGGGGUACCCCAUGUAUGUCUCCCCGCUAACCACGUCCUACCUAGGGACCCACAGGCAGCUGCAGAGUGUCUGGAGCAGCCCCGUCACUUUGGACGGCAUCAGGACGUGGUUCCGAACCAAGUGGUUAAGGGUGCGCAAGGGCUGUGAUUCUGGCCAGGGAGGCGCCGGCAACAUUGAAGACGUGGACGGGAGGGCUGCCCUCUCUGCAGGCGGCGGCCACGCUCUGGGCGGUGAGAACCAGGAGAGCAGCACGGAACAGCCCGGAAAAGAUGGGACCCACCACUGGUCGCCCCGCGAAGGGACACAGAGGACAGGCAGAAGGAGUCAGUCUGUCCAGGCCCCUGGGGCGUUAUGCCAAAGGCCGGCCACGCUGAGCUCGUCCGGCCCGAUCCUAGAAAGCCACCAGGCCUUCCUGCAGACGUCCACGUCGGUCCACGAGUUGGCCCAGAGGCUCUCAGGCAGCCGGCUCUCCCUACACGCCUCGGCCGCGUCCCUGCACUCGCAGCCCCCGCCCGUCACCACCAUGGGCCACCUGAGCGUCCGCGAGCGGGCCGAGGCGCUGAUCAGGUCCAGCCUGGGCUCGUCCACCAGCUCGACCCUGAGCUUCCUCUUCGGCAAGAGGAGCUUCUCCAGUGCCCUGGUCAUUUCUGGACUCUCUGCUGCGGAGGGGGGCAACACCAGCGACACCCAGUCGUCCAGCAGCGUCAACAUCGUCAUGGGCCCCUCGGCCAGGGCCGCCAGCCAGGCCACACGGCACUUCUCUGAGCCGUGUGAACCCACCGAGGCCACCGAGCAGGGGCAGCGUCGCGACCGCCGUCCGGCUGGGCCCGUGGCAGAGAACGGGGCACUGCUGUGCAGGAGAGCCAGCCAGGAGGACAUGGGCCUGGACGACACGGCCUCCCAGCAGAGUGCUUCGGAUGAGCAGUAGGGGCAGGGGCUGGAGGGGGGCCCUGCUCUGCAGCCGUGAGAGCCGCUCUAGCAACCCGAGGGACGCUACCUCAGGUUCUCGAAGGACGUCUCCCAUGGCGAUGAAACACGUGACAGCACACCUCCCUCCCCUCCCCGCCCCCCCGACGCUGCUCCAAGCUGCCCCCCCCACCCCCGGAGCUCCCGGGCGUGGCACGCACAACUUCCAGAAUUUGAAAAUUCUAACAAAAGCCAGGUAAUAGCUUAAAACAGCUAGAGUAAAUAGAGCGCCUAAGUCCCUCUUUCCCGCCCUGAAGAAAAUAAGACCACUGCAUGUUAACCGAUUGGCAUUUUGGACACUCCCGUAAACCACGUUCAAGACGCAGUAGGGUUCCAUCGCCGCCUAAAGAAAACCUCACCUCUUCUAGCACAUUUAUGCAGAUGUUAAGUAUAAGCCAACGGCAGCUUUACUGAAACGUGGUAGUGCAUGCAGUCAUGUCUACACUCUACUAGUGACCCGAGUGUAGACAUCGAGUCCUGUGGGAGCGUGGAAAGCCAUCCGGACUCACGUGACGCUCCCCAUGAGUCAGGCCGGUCUCGCCCCGCGCUCCUGUCCACUCGCAGGAAUGUUCGCUUGUUUUCCGAGCCAAGCCAUCCUUCCCGUGUCAUAGAACACUCGCACACACCUUUGUUUUGGGAAUUAAAAUGUUUACAGUUA